AUGCUACUGUUCUGUGUGCUAACAUAUCUACUGUUCUGUGUGCUAACAUGCCUACUGUUCUGUUUGCUAACAUGCCUACUGUUCUGUGUGCUAACAUGCCUACUGUUCUGUGUGCUAACAUGCCUACUGUUCUGUGUGCUAACAUGCCUACUGUUCUGUGUGCUAACAUGCCUACUGUUCUGUGUGCUAACAUGCCUACUGUUCUGUGUGCUAACAUGCCUACUGUUCUGUGUGCUAACAUGCCUACUGACGUUUGCAGGACCAGAAUGCUGGAAAUAUGUGGCGGCUGACAUUUAUACUCUGGCCGACGCCUCCAACAGCAUCUUCCCUGUGGGGUGGGGGCGUGAGCUGGCAUUUAUCGCCAACCUGGCCAAGGCUUUCAUCCUGGGGCCCAAAGACGUGCAGGUCGCCUUCGGCAUUUUCAGCACCAAGUUCGAGCACAUCAUAGAUUUAAACAGAUAUACAGACAGUGAUCAAUUUGCUGCGGAUGUCCUAGGCACCACACAGCUGCGAGAGCUCACCUUUACCUACGAUGCCCUGAUUGCGAUCAACCGUGAAGGUUACCUGACCAACUCAUCUCGCGGUGCCAGACCUAACAAGCCCAAAGUGCUGAUAGUGAUAACAGAUGGGCAGUCAGAUAACAUCACCAAAACACUGCAGGCUGCUGAAGACCUCAGGAAACAGAAUAUCACUAUUUUUGCUAUCGGCGUGGGCAUCACCAAUCUAGUGGAACUUCAGGGCAUUGCCAGCGGACCAGAGAGUGUCUUCAGUGUCAAAAACUUUGCAGCUUUGGACUCCAUCCGUGACCAGAUCACUACCACAGUCUGUGAAGAUUUAACAAAAAAGGAAGAACAAAUGGAUGAUGGCAGAUAUAACAAUAAAAGGAAGAACAAAUGGAU